AUGCCAACCCUCAAAUCAAAUCACUCCGACCCCAAAGAAGCCUCUGAGACUCCAGGAGUUCCCCGGGCCACCCAAGCCAAGACUUGGAGCUUCUACCCUGCACCGCACCAGCCUCCAGCAAGCGAUCUGCACGCACGCACGCCCGCGGACCGGAUCCCCGCGCUUCGGGAGAAUGUUCAAGUGCUCCCAGUGACCACGGGCCCCUCUCCGGGCGACCUUCCACGCUCUCCGGGGCUCCCGGGACACGCCCAACCAUCCACACGCGCGCGAGAGAAACACCCCACAGCCCCGCACCAGCCGCGGAAAGGACUCGGUCGGGCACGGAAUAUCAGUGGAGGCUUUGUCAGCACAGAUUCAACUAUCUUAUCCACGGGGACUGAAUUUACAACACUGAAUGGAAAUUACCACACUUCUUUUUCAAGAGUGGACUUCGAGAUCUUGAUAAUGAACUUAUUGAUAAUCAUCAUUUCAUUGGCUGGGAUGACAGGAAAUGUGAUUGUACUCUGGGUUCUAAAUUUCCAGAUACAGAAGAAUGCUUUCUCAGUCUACAUUAUCAAUUUAGCUGGAGCUAAUUUUCUCUAUCUCUAUUUCCGAUUUAUUUACUCCUUAAAUUGGGCCAUUGAUAUCUCCAAUUCUAUAGACUUCUAUGUCCCCAACAUUGUCUAUACAAUGUUGACCUCUGCCUAUGUUGCAGGCCUGAGUUUUCUCAGUGCCAUUGUCACUGAGCGGUGCUUCUCAGUGCUAUAUCCCAAAGAGUACCACUGCUCGCAACCAAAUCGCAUUUCAGCUCUCCUAUGUGCCCUGCUCUGGGUUAUGUCCCUGGUGCUGAGCACACUGAAUCAAAAUUACUGUAGUGGCUUCCAUUUGUGUCCACAGUUUGGUUUUGUCAUUGCUACAUGGCUGGUUCUCUUAUUUGUGCUUCUUUCUGUGUCCAGCCUCACCUUGCUGGUCAGAUUGUUGUGUAUCUCCAAGAGGAUGCAGCUGACAAGAUUGUAUGUGAGCACCGGCCUCACAGUAUUGGUCUUCCUUCUCUGUGGCCUGCCUUGGGGCUUCUACUGGUUCAUCUUUUAUUUGCUUGAAAAUGACCCUGAUACAUUUACCUACGAAUUGAAUAGACCUGCAUAUAUACUAACUUGUAUCAACAGUUGUGCCAGUCCCAUCAUCUACUUCUUCGUUGGCUCCUUUAGGCAGUGGAAGCAGCAUCAAAAGCAGAACCUCAAGUUGAUUCUGACAAAGGCUUUUCAGGAUAUUGCUGAAGUGGCUGGACGUGAAGUCAGCAUUCCAUAG